CACAGCAGAUGCGCUGGUCCCUCUGGGUACCCCCCACCAACGGCCGGUUGGUUGAUUGGGCGACAGGCUACCCAUGAACAACUUCGUGGAAUCAGCGCGAAGACGGUUGCUUUUAAUUUCUCCCCAACUUAACCCGACGAACGCAAUCUCCUUAGCUUCCCUUUUGCGCCUUCGUUCAGUUUGUUUUCUUUUCUCGACUCGAUAUCCUCUAGAAACGAACGCUUUUCGCCCUUCUCCUACGUCGCUUGUUUGCGCUCUCACGAUUCCGAAUAAUAAAUCACACCCUACAACAAUCAGUUCAAAAUGGGCGAGUCGAGACAAGAGCUUGUUGCAUGGCUUAACAGCCUGCUUCAGCUUAACAUCACCAAGGUUGAGCAAUGCGGUACUGGUGCUGCCCUCUGCCAGGUUUUUGACAGUAUCUACAUGGACGUUCCCAUGUCCAAGGUCAAGUUCAAUGUGAACUCUGAAUACUUGUAUAUUCAAAAUUUCAAGGUCUUGCAAAACACCUUUACCAAGCACCAGAUUGACAAGCCUAUUCCUGUCUCCGCACUUAUCAAGUGCAAGAUGCAGGACAACCUCGAGUUUCUCCAGUGGACAAAGCGAUUUUGGGAUCUUAACUUCCCCGACCACGAGUACGAUGCCGUUGCCCGCCGAAAAGGUGGCUCAAUGCCUCCCGCUGCCGCCGCACCCCGACCUGCUGCUAGCACUGGCGCCGCUCGCCGUGUGGGUAGCGGUACCCCCAGUGGUGGACCCCGAGUUGCAAAGGCCGCUGGACCCGCUACCGCAGCUCUUCAGCAAGAAAAUGCCACAUUGAAGGAGACUGUCACAGGCCUGGAGAGGGAGCGAGAUUUCUACUUCAGCAAGUUGCGGGAUAUUGAGCUACUUGUCCAACAGGCUGUUGAUGAGGACCCGGAGCUGGAGAAACAAGAGGAUGGCCUCGUAAAGCAGAUCCAAACUAUCCUUUACUCAACGGAGGAAGGAUUCGAGAUUCCUGCUGAGGGCGAGGGUCUCGAUGACCAAGAGACCUUUUAAACUUGUUGAUGGCAUCGAAGGCUGGAAGAUGUACUUAACGCGACCACGAUUUGGGCUGGGGUGACACACUGGUUUCUCUGGCACGAGUUAAACAGGGCAUGGAUAUGGAGUUGUGACCCAAAACCUUUGGGGAGGGAGUUCGCUGAGCUGAUGGAGGACAAGAUUUGGCUCUAGAAGCGAAGGUUGUCUCUGUACUUGUUCUGGGGCUCGCAUAGAGUACUCGAGAAUGAGGGUAAAAAUUGAUCUUGUUGGACACUCGAGCUUGUGUCGCUGUGUUUCGAGUAACGUUAUGGCCAGCAAAUGGGAGCGGGACGGGCCGAGACCAUGGAAGUCAAAGUCAAACUUGGGAAGUAUAGAAACAAGCACGGCUGAGUUGACUUGUUAGAGUAAUGUGAUGACUUUGUACAUAAACUGUCGAGAUACCCAAAGUAUACAUUGUUUGGGCUGGAGUGUGAUACAAAUGAUAUUCAAGCUGACAGCCUGUGGGAUAAUAUGCUACUAAUACACUCUGAG